CUCUCGCGUCAUCGUUUUUAUUUUUUAAGGACGGUCAGGCUUGUGCUUGUUGCUGGGCUUUCGACAGGAUUACUUCUCACCCCGCACUGAUUUAAUGCACUACUUCGUAUAACUGUUCUUAGUUAUGCGGUGUCUUCAUUAAACGUGUGCUUUCGUUUUACCUCAGAGUGAGGUUAUGUUUUUUAUUGGUGGAGACCAUAGAAUACUCACGAUAUAACCUGGUGGAGACCAUUUAAACUCGAAUAUAAACUGGUGGAGACCAUUAAAACUCUGGAAUUUUUUUGAUUAUGAUGAUUCAAUGAUAUAACUUUUUUAUUUUUGUGGGAUAACCUGGCAGUUUGUGAGUUUAAUAACUCCGCCAACACACUUCAAAGUUAAAAAAAAAAAAAAAAAAAUAUUUUUAAUAGAAUAAAGAAAAAUAAUUAUUUACCACAAGAAUCUAACACAAAAUGUCCUAUCAAUUAUAUCGCAAUACCACCUUGGGUAAUACGCUUCAGGAAAGUCUAGAUGAAUUAAUUCAGUAUGGACAAAUUACUCCUGCCUUGGCCUUUAAGGUUCUGCUACAGUUCGAUAAAUGCAUUAACAAUGCCCUGAGUCAACGUGUUAAGGCUCGUGUCACCUUUAAGGCCAAUAAACUUAAUACGUAUCGUUUCUGUGACAAUGUCUGGACUUUGAUGUUGAACGAAGUGGAAUUCCGUGAGGUACAUGAAUUUGCCAAAGUGGAUAAAGUAAAGAUUGUUGCUUGUGAUGGCAAAAGUGCGGAUUAUAAUUAGUUUACUUACGUUUUAUUCAUUUAUAUCAACGUCAAUUCAGUUAGUGCUAUCAAUGGGUUUCAGGCACUGCUGUCUCAGCGGAUGGUUAAUUAAAAACUUUUCGUUGUGCAGAACUAUUAACUAAUUAUGAUUUAUAGUAUUAAGAUUUUAUAAAAAAUAAUAAAAAUAUGGAAUUUCUAAAGUUA